AUGUCGGAGCCGGGCCGUGGCGGUUCCUGCGCGGACCCCGGGCCGCCCUCGCUGCCCGUGGGGCCGCGGACCCGGGGAGGAAGUCUCCGGGACACGGUGGAUGGCGGCGGGGGUGCGGCGCCCAGCCCCGCGGGCCAGAUGCGGAUCCCCUGGGUCUGGGCGACGAAAUGCACGACCUCCUUUCCCGGGCGGAGACGUGUAGCUCCCGGGACCCGGCCCCGGGGGCUCCCGCCGGUCCUGCGGCGGUCUCUGCAGGCCGGAGUCGCGCCCGGACUCCCGCGGCCACCUCCCCGCGAACGCUCGCCCGGCCCGACCUACUCACCGCGGCUCCGCGUCCCCCCACCCGCCACUCGGGGCCGCGGCUGCCGCGAGCUCCCGGCGCGCCGGACGCCCUCCUCGCCGACCCCUCGGGCGCUCAGCCUCUCCCGGGAGCCGGGCAGCCCGGGGCGGCCCCUGCUGGAGGGCGGCUUCCCUGCCGAGAGCGCGCGGUCCUGGGCCGCCCCGCACGCCUCCCCAGGGCUCGCGCUGCGCGGACUCGACUUGGAGUCUUCGGAAAAACCUAAGGUGUAUCAAGGUGUCCGGGUGAAGAUCACGGUGAAGGAGCUGCUGCAGCAGAGAAGGGCACACCAGGCAGCCUCAGGGGGAACCCAGUCCGGAGGCAACAGUGUCCACCUUUCAGACCCAGUCCCACCGUCUUCUGCAGGACUGUAUUUUGAGCCUGAACCAAUUCCUUCCACACCCAAUUAUUUCCAACCCCGAGAAUUUUCCAGUUGUGUUUCUUGUGAAGAAAGCCCAGGCUUUCUGGACCAGAUAUUUGAUUCCUACCUUCAGCCAGAGACACACCCGGAUCCUUCGCUCAGUUCCAUGCAAAGUACUCCACACUAUUUCCCAGACAGCUUCCAAGCUGCCCCUUUCUGCUUUAACCAGAGCCUGACGCCAGAAUCGCCUUCGGAUUCCUCCACUCUCUCUGGCUCUUUAGACUACAGUUACUGUCCUGCUCAGCUGCCUUCAUACGCCGCGGAGAGCCACACCGCUCUCCCCCAGCUGGACACCAGGAACUGCGGCCACCCGUCGGGAGAUUACACCUACGCUCACCCGCCUGCGCAUGCCCAGUAUGACAGCUUCUCCCCCGCCUCCAUCUGCUGCUGUGCCUCAUGCGAGGCCGAACGCUUAGACGCCUUCAGAGCCUCAGACUGCUUUUCCUACCCCAGCACAGACUAUGUGAAUUUCGCUCCCUCCGCAGCAGCAAGCAGUGAUUUCUAUAAGAGGGAAGCAAAUUGGGACAUUUGCUACAGUUAA